AAAAGUAAACACAACACAAGUACAUAACACGACACAACUGCAGCUAUACAGACAAGUCAGACAACACCAACACGACCUCGAUCACGUCUACCCCUGGUACAUAACAAAAUACAAAUUAUUGUACUAUUAUUGUUGUCAAGUUGUUUGUUGUUGUUGUUAUUGCGCCGCUGCUGGCUGAUGCAUUUAACAUUCGACAUUUCGACAGUCGACAGUCUUCACUCAGUUCACUCGACAGGCUACUGCGUUCUAUAUUUCUACUCGCUACUCGCUAGUCGUACACGACAUCACUUUCAACUUUGUCCACGUUUUACAGUUACUGACAACAAUUGCCCGUAAUUGUUACUGCUGAAUUUACCGUCUCGUUUUGUUCGCCGUCGCCAUGGAAGACGAAUCCCAACUCAAAGGCGGACAUGCCCAAGCAGUCAAAGCCGGUGGCAUGCGCAUCGUGCAGCACAAGAACGUCAACUCGGCCGCCGACAAGAUAUCUGUUGCCGCUGCGGACGAGGCAAAUUCGGUUUUAAAAGUCUCCACUAGUCCGCCCAAGCAGACCGUAGUGCCGGUGCACGCUCACAACGACUAUCCGACCCAGGCCGUCCAGAAGACCCACGACAAGCCGACACCUAGCCACGAGAUGAGACAACACACGUGCACGAAACCGACCAUCCAUCAGCCGCGCAAAUGAACGUGACAGCGUCGACGCGCACACAAGAGACUGGGCUCGGGGGCGUAUGUCGUUCGACACGUUCCCGGAUUAUUCUUAUUAACAUUAUGAAUUAUUACCUCUCUAUACACAUUCUAAACCCAAACGAUUUUUAGCCUCGAGGCUUAAGUUUACUUUUGCAUUUACAUUAUGGUGAAUAAUGAUACCUAUCCUAUCUUCUUCUCCUGCUACCUAUGGCAUUUCUCGUCGUGUUCAUUCCGUUACAAUAUAAUAUUAUUUUAUAUCUAUAUAUGUAUAUAACAGUUAUGGUACUUUGGGAUGUUUAUUUGGCGUCAUGCUCGGGAAUUAAUUUGGCUACAGGUCGUAAUUACGUUUCAAAUAAUCAAAUCAAGUUUAAUCAAUCAAUUUUAUUUUUAUUAUGAAUAAAGUAUUUUUUUGGAA